AUGGCCGAACUCGAAUCCCAGGCAGAUCAAUACGAGCAAGAUAAUGUACACGAAGUCUAUCAACAUAUCGCGCAGCACUUUUCCGCAACCCGUUACAAGUCAUGGCCAAUUGUUGAAUCCUUUCUCCAAGAAAUACCAGCCGGGUCAAUUGGAAUAGAUGUUGGAUGUGGGAAUGGAAAGAAUCUACUAGUCAAUCGAGACAUUUUCAUAAUUGGAUCAGAUCGAUCUGAAAAUCUCGCCCGAAUCGCUCAUCAGCACCAUCCUCAUGCAGCCGUGGUAGCCGAUAUUCUCCACUUGCCACACCGAGAUGCCUUCUUUGAUUUCGCAAUCUGUAUUGCCGUCGUCCACCACCUCUCCACACCAUCUCGCCGCGUAGCAGCCAUUGCGGAGAUUCUCCGAACCGUGAAACCCGGUGGCACGGUACUGAUUUAUGCGUGGGCGCUGGAACAAAAGAAUAGUCGGCGCGGAUGGGAUAAAGGAGAUGAACAAGAUAUCAUGGUUCCGUGGGUACGGAAGAAUGCGACAGAACCUAAUAAGUCGCAGACGUUCAAUCGGUACUAUCAUCUUUUCCAAGAGGGGGAACUUGAGUCGGAUAUUCAGAUGGCGGAUGGGGAUGUGGUGAGAUCAGGAUAUGAGAAAGAUAAUUGGUGGGCUAUUGCAACACCUAAGAUCAAAUGA